AUGCUUGCUUUAGCCAAUCCCUAUGACCCAAAUGCGCUCAUGGUUGUGAAGUUGUGCGGCAACGUGUUGCCACAAUACGCUCUACUUGUUUACGAAUUUCACUGUAUCUUGAGCUGUGAUCAAGACAUAGCUACUUUAAAGAAGGAGGUAGCCUCUGAACGUCUCAAGACAGGCCCUGAACAAGCCCGCCGAAAGUCGAAAGUCUCUCAAGAUGACACCUGCAGAGCAGACAGCAUCACACUGAACGAGGCGAAAGAGAAAGAGGCAACAUCCGGUACCUCUGUCCGGUCAACUCAUGGCUCAGCUUCGGGCAUCGCUCUGUCAGCCUUCCCGUUGUCUCACAGCUUCCGUCUGCUGCCCGACAUGAUGAUUUACACGUUAAGCCUAGAAACACCGCUGGCUAUAGACCACGUUCUGCUGCAGUCUGAUUGUCGAUUGGACCUGGUCGACAUGGAAACGAACUCAGCCAUUGUCAGCUACAGCGAACUCGAGUCCGAGCAGGUAGGUCAGGCCAAACAAGUCUACAUAGUUUGUUGUGAGGAUCUUCAUUUCAUAGGAAAAUGCAACAUGAGAGGUUGGUAG